AUGGGAACUUGUACAUCGGCGAAAGAUUCAGUGGCGCCCGGAGGAGACUCGGCGGCCGGCGGGUGCUUGCCUGGGUCUGGGUCACUGGGUGGGAUUGCGGGAGGCGGAGAGGCAGAGACUGGUGCCUGGUGGCGAGCAGCGAGGGUGAGGUUCGAGUCGAGAGGAAGACGAAGUAGCCUCUCUCAGGUCGGGCCGUCGACAUCGCCGUGCUCGGGCAUUGGAGGUGGAAAUCUAAUCGGCAUUCGGUGCAAGUGCGUCGGAUAG